UUGAAGGGGCGGAGCCUGCGCGGAGGUGACGCUCCUUUCUCUCGGCGUUUUUGUUCACACAGAAACCAGCUGCGUCUGUUGGGGGCACAGAGAGGAGAAAGGUGGGGAGAAACAGGGAGAAGUGUUCUCUGGAGGAGGAAAAAUAAAAGCACGGAGCUGGAAUAAUCUGAAAAGCUUUUGUGUUUCUGAGAGGUUUGCUCCAUCGUUGCUUUGAUAUCCAGAGACGAGGAUGGCGAUGCAAAUGGGAGAGAUGAAAAGCGGCUCGGUGAAGGUGGAAGAGUGGCAGCAGAAGAUGUACGGCCUCGACUCGGGCAUCCAGUCAGGAGCCAACACCAUCAAUGAUGACGAGAUGGUAACAUCGAGGCAUUACACCAUGACCACCACCGUCACAAGAGAGAAUCCUGAUUUACAUGACAAGUACACAUUGACCAGAGCACAGCGGGUGAGAGAAGCCAUGUUCCCCGAGUCGCUGGAGUCCGGCGUCACCAUCCUGUCCACCCAGACGGAUCCGUCCCAGAUGACCAACGUGCAAAAGCUGGCCGAGCCAUCUCAGCUGCUCAAAACGGCCAUUGUCCAUCUCAUCAACUACCAGGAUGACGCCGAGCUGGCGUCCCGGGCCAUGCCGGAGCUCACCAAACUGCUCAACGACGAAGACCAGGUGGUGGUUAGCAAGGCAGCUCAGAUYGUCAACCAGCUGACUCGUAAGGAGGCCUCGCGGCACGCCCUGACGCAGUCCCCUCAGAUGGUGGCGGCGGUGGUCCGCGCCAUGCAGAACACGAGCGACAUGGAAACGGCCAAAGCAACAACCAGCAUCCUCCACAACCUGUCCCACCAGAGGGAGGGUCUGCUYGCCAUCUUCAAGUCAGGAGGGAUCCCCGCCCUCGUCCGUAUGCUCAGCUCCCCCAUGGAGGCGGUGCUCUUCUACGCCAUCACCACCCUCCACAACCUGCUGCUGCACCAGGAGGGUGCCAAGAUGGCCGUGCGUCUGGCCGACGGCCUCCAGAGGAUGGUCCCCCUGCUGAAGAAGAGCAACCCCAAGUUCCUGGCCAUCACCACAGACUGUCUGCAGCUGCUGUCGUAUGGAAACCAGGAGAGCAAGUUGAUCAUCCUCGCCAACGGGGGUCCCGAGGGUCUUGUUCACAUCAUGAGAAACUACAACUAUGAGAAGCUGCUGUGGACCACAAGCCGUGUUCUCAAAGUCCUCUCUGUGUGCCCCAGCAACAAGCCGGCCAUUGUAGAAGCUGGUGGGAUGCAGGCUCUGGGCAAACAUCUCACAGGUACCAGCCAGCGUCUGACGCAGAACUGCCUGUGGACCCUCAGGAACCUGUCCGACGCCGCCACCAAACAGGAGGGAAUGGACAGCCUGCUGCAGGUUCUGGUGGGCCUCCUCAGUUCAGACGAGCUCAACAUGCUCACCUGCGCCACGGGCAUCCUGUCCAACCUCACGUGCAACAACGCCCACAACAAAUCUCUGGUCACCCAAAGCAACGGCGUGGAGGCGCUCAUCCACACCAUCCUGCGUGCCGGGGAGAAGGAGGACGUGACGGAGCCCGCCGUCUGCGCCCUGCGCCACCUCACCUCGCGCCACCAGAACGCCGAGCUGGCCCAGCACGCAGUGAGGAACCACUACGGCAUCCCCGCCAUCGUCAAGCUGAUCAACCCGCCGUACCGCUUCCCAGUCGUCAAGGCUGUGGUCGGCCUGAUCCGUAACCUCGCCCUGUGCCCAGAGAACCAGGCCCCUCUGAGGGAUGCAGGAGUCAUUCCCCGUCUGGUCAACCUCCUGCUCAAAGCCCACCAGGACGCCCAGAAACACGGAUCAUCCAACCAGCAGACCUACCAGGAUGGUGUGAGGAUGGAGGAGAUUGUGGAGGGUUGCACAGGAGCUCUGCACAUCCUGGCCAGAGAUCCCAUCAACAGAAGYGAAAUCGCAAACACACAGACCAUUCCUCUCUUCGUUCAGCUUCUCUACUCUCCAGUGGACAACGUGAAGCGCGUGGCGGCGGGCGCCCUGUGCGAGCUGGCCCUGGACAAGCAGUCCGCCGACACGAUCGACGCCGAGGGGGCGGCGGCUCCGCUGAUGGAGCUGCUGCACUCCAGCAACGAGGGCAUCGCUACGUACGCCGCCGCCGUGCUCUUCCGCAUCUCCGAGGACAAGGCGUCCGACUACAAGAAGCGCGUGUCGGUGGAGCUCACGCACACCCUGUUCAAACACGACCCCAGUGCCUGGGAGGCGGCCCACAACACUGUCGUCAUGGAAGGAACCUAUCCAGAGGAAAUGGAUGCCGGUUUCCAGGGUUAUGGAUACGCAGGUGACAUGCCCAUGGAUGGCAUGGAUGGACACAUGAUGCCGGAGGAAUAUCCAGGCGGCAUGGCCUAUGACAGACAGUACCCUGAUUAUUAACGGACAACCAACGGGAGGAUGAGGAGGAAGCAGAGGACCUAAAGUGGGACACAAAGGGAUGAAGACGAGUAGAGUUUAGUCACCUGUAGAGAUAACUUCCUCUGCUCUCCGCCUGCUGUAAUAUAUGCAAUUGUCAUCGAGUAAGGGACUCAUAAUCUUAACAGGGCUCGACUUGUGUUUCAUAUAGAGUAAUUUUUCUGAUUUUUCAAUGACCGUGACGAUGCUCGUAAGUUUCUGUUCGAAAACCUAAGAGCCGUGUGCAUGUGAGUGUGUGUGUUUGCGCUUCUGGGUGGGUGUUUUUAUGCCAAAGAGAUUUUUAUUUUGUGAUGAUAAUCGUGUAGCCUCUUCCCUUUUUUUUAAUGAAAAGGAAAAAAAAAGUAAUAUUUGAGAACACUGCCAGUGGUGGCUCAACGUGCACCUACUCACCGACAUGUUUUAUGCCUUUUUUUUAACAAUCUCGUCUUUGCUGUAGUUUUUACACUUUGUUCUGUCGUCGUCCCACUGAGAGCCGAAAGUGGAUUUGAUUCGCUUUUUCUUGUGGCAAUAAUUCAGUCGGAGCAAACAAAGAGGCUUUAAAAGAACAACAGGUGAAGAUGAGCAAGAUGCUUUUUUAUUUUUUAUUUUCUCAUAUCUUUUAAAAGUUAUUGGACUACUUUAGUGUACUCACCAAAAUUUUAACAAAUGUGUUUAUGAUUUUUUUUAAAGUAAAUAAAUUUUAAAAAGAUGUGGCUGAAGUUAAAAGUUCGAUAAUGAUGAUUUAGGUUUGACAGAUUUGAUAAUUAAUCUUAACGUGAGUCUGUGUGGCCCUACAGCUGGAACAAACUACUGACAGGAAAUUUAUUUUCUUUCUUACGUCAUAAGAGUUUUUACUGAAAUUUUGUUUAUUAAAAAUAAAGGAUAUAUUAAACCUGUU